AUGGCGGCCUCCGUGUGUCGGUGCUACGAGCUCAUCGGCAGACGUGUUGUGGUCCUUUCCUCCCGGCCCCUCGUCUCGUCCAGGAGAGGAAACGUCUGUAGGACACCGGGGACCCAGGCUGCACCUGUCCAGGUACGAUAUGCAUCCGGUCGUAAGGGUUUCCUGGGGGAGUUUGUCGAGAACCUGCGGCAGGAGUUCAGUAAGAACCAGGAGAUGAAGGAGAACAUUAAGAAGUUCCGGGAGGAAGCAAAGAGGCUGGAGGAGUCUGAUGCCCUCCAACAGGCCCGCAGGAAAUAUAAAUCCAUUGAGUCAGAGACGGCGAAGACCUCUGAAAUUCUGAAGAAGACUUUAGGUUCUCUAUCUGAGACGGUGAAGGAGGGUCUAGAGGAGGUGAGCCGCUCUGACCUUGGUAAAAAAAUCAAAGAGGGAGUGGAGGAAGCCACUAGGACCGCCAAGAGCUCGGCCGAGUCCGUUUCCAAAGAAGGAGAGAAGCUGGGCAAAACUGGAGCCUUCAAGGUCAUCUCACAGAGUAUGGAAACCAUGAAGAAGGAGAUUGACACUGGAGACGCUGGACCUUACCGGGCGCCGUCUCACCUGAGGAAGAGAAGCGAAUUCUCCUCCAAAGGGGCCGAGAAUGACUCGCGGGUGUUUGAGGCGAACGAAGAGGCAAUGGGCGUCGUGCUCCAUAAGGAUUCCAAGUGGUACCAGCAAUGGAAGGACUUCAAAGACAACAACAUGGUUUUUAACAGGUUCUUUGAGAUGAAGAUGAAGUACGAUGAAAGUGACAACGCCCUCAUCAGAGCAUCCAGAGCCGUGACUGACAAGGUCACUGACCUCAUAGGCGGUCUUUUCUCCAAGACGGAGAUGUCGGAAGUGCUGACUGAGAUCCUGAAGGCAGACCCCACCUUCGACAAAGACUCUUUUCUCAAACAGUGUGAGAAAGACAUCAUCCCCAACAUCCUGGAGGCCAUGAUCCGCGGAGAGCUGGAUGUAUUAAAAGACUGGUGCUAUGAAGCCACCUACAGUCAGCUGGCCCACCCCAUCCAGCAGGCCAGAGCACUGGGCCUUCUGUUCCAGUCUAAAAUCCUCGACAUCGACAACAUAGACCUGGCGAUGGGUAAGAUCAUGGAACAAGGCCCGGUUCUGAUCAUCACCUUCCAGGCUCAGGUCGUCAUGGUGAUCCGCAGCCCCAAAGGAGAGCUGGUGGAGGGAGAUCCGGAGAAGGUGAUGAGGAUGAUGUACGUGUGGGCGUUGUGUCGUGACCAAGAGGAGCUGAACCCAAACGCAGCCUGGAGACUCCUGGACAUCUCCGCCUCCAGCACUGAGCAAGUCCUCUAGGAGGAAGAGGAGGGAGGAAGGACACGAGAAGCUGGAUCUGGACUAUAAACACACACACACACACACACACACACACAUACAUACACAGCUGAGACACUACUGCACACAUACAGACACACCAAGAAGAUGAGGCAUUUUGGGAGAGUAUGUGUGAAAUGCACACACACACACACUUACACCAACAUGUUUGUGUCAGACCCGGGACUCGCGGUGUGAUGUACACACUCCCAUCACACACAAAAACAACAACUACACAGCUAAACCACACGCCGUUGUGUGUGUGUGUGUGUGUGUGUGGGGGGGGGGGGUUCUGUCCGGGUUCUGUCCGGGGUUGGAGCUGAUCCAAGCAUGGUUCCUUUUCCGAACUCUACAUUUCCCACAACCUGACAACAAAAGAAGUGCAUGGAUGACCCCCCACCCCGAGUCUCUCAUUCAUCCGCUGGUCCCACCCACCCAGUACUCUUGACCACCCGGUGGCGUAGGUAGUCGAUUUAUUUAAACUCGUAGGACGUAGGAUGUAAUAACCCUCCCGAGUGUUUCAGACCCCUCGGGUCACGUUCCUUCCACAGGAAGUGACCCGUUGUUGCUGAAUCCUAACGUAAGACUCUGUAUCUGUACGUAAAUAUGCUUUCCGUGGAGCGCUGCUUCAAGAGACAAGAGCUGGAUCUCGAUCUGAUGUCGUCACGGCGAUUUUAUCACACACACACGUCGCCCCUUAUUUAUGUCCCGAGCUGUGUCGGCGUCCCCACUCGGUGGUUCGGUUUACAGGAGCGGUGCGCAGGCGCGAGCCGAGGUGGUUCGGUUUACAGGAGCGGUGCGCAGGCGCGAGCCGAAGAGCAGCGCUGGCCGGCUCCAUCCUUGCGUUGUUGGUAGUAUGUGGAGUCGUCGGCGUUGUGCGGUCUGACCCCGUGGGUCUCCGCUCGCGUCGGUGGACGCUGAGCCACGUGUUCGAAUCGCACCUCGUUUUGCUCAGCGAUUUUUUUUUAGAAAGUUACGGAACAGGAAGUCGGCGCUGUCGGAUUGAAGCUGGUCUUUCGGCGGGAGCGUCUUGAACUGCGAACGUCUCCGCGUGACCCAAACCCCGAAACGCCCAGGAUUUGAGCGUUUACUUAAGAUGCCCGGUCCGUGACGGGUUGACGUGGACUACUCGCACCUGAAAACGGGCAAAUCAGGGGGCUCCUUGGUUCAGCUAGGAGGGGUUUAAGGGGCUGAUUUCAAAAAGAGGGGCGACGCACUG